AUGGGGAUUGGACUCCGGGAUGUCGUUGAUGUGUUCGACUACGAAUGCGUCGUCGCGGAAACGGCACCCGGAGUCGUGGAGGAAUCGUCCGAAGGAGACAAUAGUCUAUCCGAGGACGAAACAAUGAGGACAGGUGUUAGGCCUGGCGUGAGUGGUGUUGAGCCUUCUCUCGGGCAGGCGACGACCGCUCCUUGCCGUGAGGUCUCCCCACCUUUGAGCCCCCUGCCGGAGGAGACGCCCCCAAAGCGUUACCCCGGGAAGAGGAAGGCGCCACUUCGUAACGAAGAGAGUGAUGAUGAAGCGACAUUCGACGUCGGAUUGAAUCAUGUCGUCGGCCUGACCAGACAGGCCGAAGUGGAGGGUAGCCUCAUGAAAGAGGUUCCAGGUACUCAUCUGCAGUACUUACUGGAGCAGAUAUCUCUUUCUUGCCAAGCGCUGACCGAACUCCGAAGUUCGGACAUGCCACGCCGUAAGAAGAGGCAUGACUCCGAGGAAGAAGCAACCGCGCAAUCGGCUUUGGUUGGAAACAUUGCGGGACAAGUCGCAGUGCUCCGCGGAGUCAUUGAUAAGCGUAGAGGGAUGGGCGUCCACAAGGAAGUCCAGGAGGCGACCAAGAAGCUGGAGGAAAUCCUGGCUACGGAAAAGCGCAGGAGAGCGACAUCGCGCUCGGGGACCAUUGUAGCCUCGCCGGAAAGGGGCUCUGGUACGUUAGCUCCGGUUUUCGCGAAAUGGAAGCCGACAACGGACGCGGGAACGCAAACGGCGGUUGGACCGCAAACAAACAGGCCCGGGACGUCUGAUAUGGCGUUGAGGAGGAAUGUGGCCACACAAACAACGGAGGAGCUCCCAAAUCCCAGGUCAGAUCCGCUGACGAAGCCUGGGAAAAAGCGAAAGACGAAGAAGGAGAAGAGACUGAACACUGUCGAGGGUACGGCCUCCUCGCCGACCGUUACGCUUCCCGAGAAGCAUUCGGAUCGGGGGACUGCUGCUGCAAAGUCCGCUCCGGCGAGGGUGGACACAGGAGCGGAGACGGAGAGGCCCACUUGGACGGAGGUGGUUCGUCGCAAGGGUGAACUGGGGAAGACCGAGGAAACGGCAACUAGGCCUAGACCUCCACCGCCUACACGAGGUCCGACCGCAAAAAAGUUGCGGGCGAGGGUCCCUCGUACGGAGGCUGUGAUUAUCGGGCCUUUGAAGGGGGACUUGAAGUAUGCCGAAGUGAUGAAGACGGCGACGGCCUCCGUGGACCUUCUGGCCUUGGGUAUCCAGGUGUCCGGGACCCGGAGGACUCAGACGGGGGCUGUUCUGCUGGAGGUUCGAGGAACCGCCGAGAAAGCGGAUUUACUAGCCGCCAAGUUGGAGGAGGCGCUCAAAGAGAAGGACGUGCGGGUGCAUCGCCCUUCGAUGACCCGCACUAUCAUAAUCAGGGAUGUGGAAGACUGGCACGAAGAGGACGAGGUGCGUCGGUCCCUAAGCGACGCUCUGGAAUGUCCAAGUGUUGGGCCCGUUAUCAUACGGCCUAACAUUGGUGGCAAGGGGCGUUACGCGAGAUGUGACGUGCCCGUCAAGGUUGCCAUUCGGCUUACCACAGUGAGCCGAAUAAAAGUCGGCUGGACAACCUGUAGACUGAGGAUCAUUGACAAAGGUCCUCAGUGCUACAGGUGUCUGGAGUAUGGGCACAUUGCCCACAGCUGUAAGGGCCCGGACAGGUCAGGGAACUGUCACAGGUGCAGAAAAGGUGGGCAUAUCGCUAAAGAGUGCCCAUCAAGGAUGGACCCAACCCAUCGCAAAGUCCUGCCCCCACCUCCGCGUGGUGCAGCCCGGGCAACGGACCCACCAGUGGGGUCCGGCUAA